AUGGCGUGGCGCGGCGCUGCCUCCCGCACCGUCCUGGCGGCCGUCCGCCGCCCGGCGCCCGCGAUCGGCGCCCUCCGCGCACCUGCCCCCGGCGCCGCCCCGCGCCGCCGGCUCCCGUUCGCCUUCACCAACGCCACCCCCACCUCCCCGCUCGGGGCCGCACGGCCCCUGGCGGCGUUGAUGGGGUCGCCGCUGACGACGCCGGUGGUCCUAGCGCGACUGACGGCGCACCCCGGGGCCAGCGCCCGCGCCUGCUGCGAGCUCUCCCAGGGUACUUGAAGAGACCAUGUGGAUUUCCUACUUUCCUUUUCAUAAAAGGAUACAAAACUUGGAUUCGUCGUUUGGAAAGCAUAGCUAUCCUGGUGUAAAUUCUUCUAGCUGGUGUUAAGAAGAAUCUUCUCCAACAAAAUAGCUAGCUUCUCCAAAUUCCUAGCCUAGACUGAAAAUAAUUUUCCUUUCAUAUACCAUGGUCUGUAACAUGGAUUUAGCACCUACGUUUGUGUGAAAUAUCUUAGUACCAUCCGCUAAGUGGAUUUGGUGGCCCAUUUUAUACAAUGCAUUCGAUUUAAAGAUCUCUUGUUCCAUGA